UGCAUUCACACACACACACACACACACACACUGGAGUGUUCCGCGCAUCAUUUCCGCCAUUUUCGGAGCGGGAGCGCGCGGUGAGAGCACAGACUGAGGAAGAGGAGGAGGAGGAGGAAGAGGAGGAAACGCGUCCGUGUCUGUGUGUGUGUGAGAGAGUGUGUGUGCGCGCGCAGUGUGUGCAGACGGACAUGCUGAUGCUGACGGUGAUGUGGUGAUGAAGACGAUGAGGAUGAGGAGGAUGAUGAUGAUGGCGCUCCCUGAGCUCUUCCUCAGGCUCUUCCUCUGCGCUCAGCUCUUCUCCAGUUCGCUUCAAACAGAAAAUGAUGAUGACGAAGUGACAAACAAAACCUGGGUGUUGACCCCGAAGGUGUACGAGAGCGACGUCACGCACAUCCUCAACAAUUUACUAGACGGAUACGACAAUAAGCUGAGGCCGGAUAUAGGAGUCAAACCCACUGUGAUCCAAACGGACAUGUUUGUUAAUAGCAUCGGCCCUGUAAACGCAAUCAACAUGGAGUACACCAUCGACAUCUUCUUCGCUCAGACAUGGUACGACAGACGCCUGAAGUUUAACAGCACCAUGAAGGUCCUGCGUCUUAACAGCAACAUGGUGGGAAAGAUCUGGAUUCCUGACACCUUCUUCCGGAACUCCAAGAAGGCCGACGCCCACUGGAUUACCACGCCCAAUCGCAUGCUCCGGAUAUGGAACGAUGGGCGGAUCCUGUACACGCUGAGGUUGACCAUCGAUGCCGAGUGCCAGCUUAAACUGAAUAACUUUCCCAUGGAUGAGCAUUCCUGUCCCCUGGAGUUCUCGAGCUACGGUUACCCGAAGGAGGAGAUCGUUUAUAAGUGGAAGCGGAGUUCUGUUGAGGUCGGAGACAUCCGCUCAUGGAGACUCUACCAGUUCUCCUUCGUGGGUCUGAGGAACAUCUCAGAUAUCGUCAGCACCUUCUCAGGUGACUAUGUGGUUCUCACUGUCUUCUUCGACCUGAGCAGGAGAAUGGGCUACUUCACCAUCCAGACCUACAUCCCCUGCACCCUGAUUGUCGUCCUCUCCUGGGUCUCCUUCUGGAUCAACAAGGAUGCCGUCCCUGCUCGCACAUCCUUAGGAAUCACCACGGUGCUCACCAUGACAACGCUUAGCACCAUCGCCAGAAAGUCCCUGCCCAAAGUCUCGUACGUGACAGCUAUGGACCUCUUCGUGUCCGUGUGCUUCAUCUUCGUGUUCGCGGCGUUGAUCGAGUAUGGGACGCUGCACUACUUCGUUAGCAACCGCAAACCCAGCAAAAACAAAGACAAGAAGAAGAAAAACCCGCUCCUCCGGCUCUUUCCCUCCAAGCCGAACCCAACGGUGGAUAUCCGUCCCCGCUCGGCUACGGCCAUCCAGAUGAACAACGCCACCCACAUGCAGGAGCGUGACGAGGAGUUCGGCUACGAGUGUCUGGACGGAAAAGACUGCACGAGCUUCUUCUGCUGCUUUGAGGAUUGUCGCUCGGGGGCGUGGCGCCACGGCCGCCUGCACAUCCGCGUCGCCAAGAUCGACUCGUACGCACGAAUCUUCUUCCCCACCGCCUUCGGCCUCUUCAACCUCGUCUACUGGGUGUCAUACCUGUACCUGUGAGCACCUACAGCACAAUGCUAAUCAAACAACCUAAUGCUAAGCAUAAAACGCUAAUCAUACCACAUAGCACUAAUCCUAUAGCGUAACGCUAAUCAUACAACAUAAUGCUAGUCACGUAGUAUAAGGCUAAUUGUACAAAUGCUGCUUUUUAAUACAAACGUUACUGCUAACAUUCCCUUCUCACCUCCAUCCUGUUUCAGUGUGCCCUUGUCAACUUCCCCGUACCUGUCUCACGUCUUCUACAGGACUAAGAACACUAGAUAGUGAAAAACAGAGGCUGCAUAGUAGGAUGUGUAGUCCUCUAGGUUAUUGGAUGUGUAGUCCUCUAGUCCACUAAAUGGUUAUGUAGACUAGAUACAUUGCAGUUAAGUAAAGUGUAGGCCACUAACUUGAUUAAAAUCUAAAAUAGAUUGGUGGGGGUUUGCUCCAUUAUGUUCCAAUAGGCAUGUAGUCCACUUGGUGGUGUGAGAUGUCAUCAAGUUUACUAGAUAUUGGGAUGUGUAGUUCUCGAUAUUGUGGGCGUCUUGUCACCUAAAUAGUGAAACCUACCGGUGAUGGUUAUGGAGUGGAAACUGUGGAGGUGUAGGGAGGUGAAGUCUGCUAGAAUGCGUGGUUUAGUGAAGAAGAUAAUGUGGACUAGCUUAAGAUCAUGUGGUCUACUCCUCAAAACUGGAAUUAAUCUAGGCCACUAGAUUAUAAGUGAUGUUUAUGGACUAAAUAUCAUAGGGUUGUGGGUAGUGUAGUUUGCUAGCUGUAGUCCCCUAGGUAGGCUAACAUCUCCAUGAUUAUUAUACAUUAAUAACACUAUACCAAGGGUGAUAUAGAUAUCAGGUGAGUCCACUAGAUGUAGUCCACUAAACCAUGUAGUGCACUAGAUAUAGAUAUAUUUAUUUAGGGUGAAGAUGGCAGGUCAAGUCCACUAGAUGUAGGCCAUUUAGAGCCCUGGAUAAUGAAAGAACUAGAUUAUGGAAGGUAAAUAAGAUAUUGGAAUUUGCUUUCCUUUAGAUAGUAGAUGCUUUAGUCCAGGAGAACAUGAUCUAGUUCACUAUAUUGUUACGGAUUUCAGUCCUAUAGAUUGUGGUUGAUCUAGUCCCCUAGGUAGUGGAAGCCAAGAUAAAAAUUUAGGAAAAAAUAAAGAAUUUAUGGCAGAUGUAGUUCACUAGAUAGUGAGAUGUAGACUAGACAUGAGAGGUGUAAAGUGGAUAGUGUCAGUUGUAGUCCACAAGAUAAUGCAAGAUCUAGUCAGGUAGAAAGUUGUAGAUACGAGUCCACUAGAUAAUAGAUGUGUGAGUCUUCUAGAAUUUAGAUAUAAUGUGCUAAAGGAUUUAGUCCACUAGAUAGGGAGAUGGGGGAUAUAGAAGUUCUUGACCUCCUCAAAUUCAUGUAUCUGUUUUACACUAGAUAGAUGAACACUAACUUCAUAUCACUAGAUUACGGGAAAUGUAGUCCACUAGAUUGAGGAGAGGUGGUGUAGUUCACUAUAUAAUAGGAGGCAACGUGUAAUGAAAGUGUCCAAGAUAUGUCAUCCACUUGAUAGUGUAGGAUGGUGACCACUAGAUGAUGGAAAGACUAGUCCACUAGACAGAGGAACAAUUUUUUUUUUGAGUGUUUGAAAUCCCUUAAGAUGUGACCUAGGGGACUUUGGCGAGGGGACAUUGGCAAGGGUGCACUGACACCAGAUUGGAACAAGGUUCAUUUUUUUAAUUUUUUUGCCAUGGAAAUCUGAAAUGAGUAAGAAAAGCUGCUGGAGUUUUAAUUGGUUAAAGAUGAGGUCAGUGGGUGGGGCUAGGAUGAAAGCCGGGGCUAGUGCUCAUAGCUUUAAUCACGCUUGCAUUCAUAUCGAUUAUGAAAUCCAUUACGAAAUAAGAGACGGAUUUUUCAGGCUUUGUCGUUGUGUUUAUUCGGUUGUCGUGUCGUCGUGAACAAAGCGAAGGCUGUAGCAACACGUUUUUUGGGGGGCGGGGCUUCAACACAUCACUUCCGUCACUCCUAUCAGGGGCUCGGCGAAGUAUUAUUUGCAUGUCUAGUCCAGAGUUCCCAGAAUUCCGUUGAAUGAACAGGAAGUGAUGUCAUUAGCAAGUCGAGGUGCCACUUCGGAUGAUAUUUAUAAACUACUCUGAAGUGGCGAAAUGCGUUGUUUAGAGUUACAAUAAAUGAAUGAAGUGUGAAAUUUAUUUAUUCAGUAUUUAUUUCUGUCUGUUAGCUGCCAUGUUUUACGACUGCUGGUUAAAAAAAACAACAAUCUGUACAAAUGAUGUAAAUAUUUAAUACUGUAUAAUGUAGUGAUUUAUUUAUUAUCUAUUGCAUGCACCGUUAAAAAAGCAAACUUAAACACUUUUCCAUUAAUGAUUAUGAAAUGAAUAUGAAAUCCACCGAUUUAUCAGUUAAAAAAAUAUUAUUGUCGGAUCUCAUGAACAUAUUCAUAUGUACAACUUAUUUAUUUGGGAUUUUUUUGCCAGCUUUUGGUGUUUGGGAGGAAAGUUUUCUCGUUUGUAUAUAUGAAGCCUGGGGGCGUGGCCAUCCUUCCUGACAUCAUUUCCACAAACAGUCCUCGAGAACAGUAACAGUUACAGACAUUAUUCUUUCUGUUUGUGUAUUUUAUUUAAUUGUUUGUGCUAGUCGCUAACUAACAGGCUAGCACUUUGUCACAUUUUUGUUUUUAGCUAGCUGGAUGUAUGUAAUAUAUUUUGCUGAGAUGUUAGCUAGCAUUUGGUUUAUUUUUAGCUAGAAUGCAUCUAUGACACAUUGUAAGUGUAUUCAAAUCUUGCACUUUUCAUCAAUAUGACAAAUUUUACGUAAACGUUGUAGGAAACAAUGUGACUCAUUUCAGGCAGUGAGGCGGUGUGUAUGAUGUCAGGAAGGACCACAACGUUAUCAACAUUCCCUAAAUAAUCAGGAGAGAAAUGUAUACCUGAACAGUAUUUCCUUUGAUAGCUAGCUGCUGUGCUAAUUAGCUACCUUGCUAACUGAGCAGGCAGAACAAUCUGGAGGACUCCGAGGAAAAAAGACUCCCGUUAUUUGAUGAACUCAGCUGUGUACUUUAUCUCGAAAACCUGACAGUCAGACUGCUGCAGUGGAUUCUGGGUAGUUUGAUUCUGGGUAGUGCAGGCUCAUGUCGAGUCUGUUCUCAUUCAUAAACAUUUACUCACAUGGAUUUUGUGACUGAAUGACAAGAGUAACAGCGGAGAAGGAGAUCUGACGAGCUCAGAGACAUUGGCGAGGGCGGGGACGGCGUGUUAAAGAGGACUGAGAGCAGCUGUGGAUGAGAAACAGAGACUUUUCAUUUACUGAUGGACUGGAUACGAUUUGCUGAACUGAAAUGUGAUUAUAAAUAUUAACACAGGAAAAUAAACACAUGUAUGGAAUUAUUGUGAAGA